AUGAAUACAAAUGAGACAGAAACUGGUCUUCGUGAAUGUAAUAAAGCUAUUCGCCGAAUCAGCCAUAAUUUAAAAAUUGCUGUGACCAUGGGGGAAAAACAACGAUUAAGUGCUGCUUUAGCUAAUAUUGAGAGUUAUCGAUCGCAAAUAAAGAAUUUGCGAAAAAAGGGAAGAGGUCUAAAGGAAACUGCAAAAAACCAUGUACUCUGGCAAGAUUCUUUAUUAACAUUCAAUAGUCGCAUUCAUACUAGAGCUGAUCGAGUUCACACUGAAUUUAAGUACUUUACAACUUCUAAUUCACCAAUAUAUAAAGACUCUAACAUCGGUCUAUGGUUUGAUGAAAAGGUUAUUAAACCCAUUCUAAAUGAACUUGAGGAAUUUCAAGAACGUGACAGUGAAUGGUCUUUAAAACAAGUUAUUAAUUUGGGUGUGAACAUUAGCAAGUUUACCCCUCAACUGGGAUCAUCGUAUAUUGAUUUACCUCCACAAAUAAAAAAAAGAAGCAUGUAUUAA